CGGAAGUAUUUUCGAGGCUGACACGGAACAAACGUUUCUUUCACGUUGGAGGGAGAUUUGAGAGGCGCAUGGAUGACGCUCUUCUCCUUUGGACAUUUUGAUGUCUUUUUAAACUCACCCUAAAUCAACAUUUGGCAUGAUGGAAUCAGAAAGCGAUAUUAAAGCGACGUCGAGAGGUUUUCACUGUGUCCUGUGUAACGUCAAUUUACCCAACCAGUCGAGCGUGGAUCAGCACGUCAAAGGGCGGAAACACCAGACCUUAAGCAAUGUGCGGACCACCAGGAAGACCCAAGAGCAGCACAGCGUGUUUGUCAGCGGCCUCAAGCCGGACAUCUCGCAGGCUGACUUGGCUGACUACUUCCACCAAUUUGGGACAGUUUCCGAUGUUAUCAUGGACAAAGCCAAGGGCGUGUUUGCCAUCGUGCAGUUCAGUGAGACGGAAAGCAUUCAGGCCGCCUUGUCUUGCGUUGAGCACAACAUGAAAGGUCUCAAACUGCGUGUCAAGCCCAGAGACAGGAAGGAAUUCAAGUACAUCCCCAAAAAGAAGUGUGACCUGCAGAACCUGCAACAAGUGCUGGACCACCUGAAACCGCAACUCUGUCAGCUGCCUUCUGUCAACGCUCAGAUGCAGUACAUUGAGAACCGCUUCCAGCUCGGAGAGCCAGAAAAAAAGGCCCGAAACUUGCUGGUGCAACUCUUGCAGGAGGUCUUUGUGGAGUUUUUUCCAGAGAGCCAAAUUCUUCCCUUUGGUUCAUCUGUCAACACGUUCGGUGUUCAUUCCUGCGACCUGGACUUGUUUCUGGAUUUGGAGAAUACCAAAGUCUUCCAGGCCCACGCCAAGUAUACGUCAGAGGCAGCCGAGUGCAUCUCAGAGGACGGGCGCUCCGAGGACUCCAUCCUGUCCGACAUGGACCUUUCCACGGCCUCCCCCGCUGAGAUUCUGGAGCUGGUGGCGACCAUCCUGCGCCGCUGCGUCCCCAGUGUGCACAAAGUCCACGUGGUCAGCAGUGCCCGUCUUCCAGUGGUCAAAUUCCAUCACCGGGAGCUCAACUUGCAGGGGGACAUCACAGUCAACAACAGACUGGCUGUAAGGAACACCCGCUUUCUUCAGCUGUGUUCAGGAAUAGAAGAGAGACUCAGACCUUUGGUGUUCACCAUCCGGUACUGGGCCAAACAGAAGCAACUGGCUGGUAACCCGAGCGGUCCCGGUCCACUCCUCAACAAUUACGCGCUGACGCUGCUCAUCGUCUUCUUCCUGCAAAAUUGUGAGCCCCCCGUUCUGCCCACCGUGGACCGCCUUCAAGACAUGGCCUGUGAGGAAGAGGAAUGUGUGAUUGAGGGAUGGAACUGCACCUUCCCCAGCCAGCCUAUUGCGGUACCCCCCAGCGCAAAUACGCAGGAUCUCUGCACUCUCUUGGCUGGUUUCUUCUCCUUCUACGCCAAGUUUGAUUUUGCAAGUAGUGUCAUAUCUCUGAGGGAGGGUCGUGCACUCCCAAUCAGUGACUUCCUCGGUCACAAAAACGAAGCGGAGGAAAAAACCACCAAGCCCCAUCAGAGUGGACCAAAACUGAGCCCGCUCAACGUUUUGGACCCCUUCGAGCUUUCCCACAACGUAGCAGGGAACCUGAAUGAGCGCACCCAGAGAUGCUUCCAGACGGCGUGUCAGGAAGCGGAGAAGUACUGCCGCAGCCUUCAGUACCUGCGCAAGUCCACCAAGGGGAAGUCGUGGGGCCUCGUGCGGUUAUUCACGCCCAACGGGGGAGUUACACAAACCAAACCGGACGAGCUGAACAUCAGCAUUCCUUUCAAACCAGCCGCACUCUCCGAAGCCCUCCGUAGUCAGAUGCACGUGGCCGGAGAUGAUUUCCGGCUGGUGUGGUUCGAGAAGGUGUGCGCUUCUGUGGAGCGUGUUUUUCAAAGCGCUCUCAGAUGCCACCUCGCGUUCUCAGGUUUUGAGAAUUUGGCCGCCGCCGACGUGUCAGUGAAAAUGGAGACCAGCUCGGGCUCCCUCAACACGUCGGCGAAUGACAGCAUGGAGUCCCCCACCGACGAGCCCGCGGUGGGCAGCAAGCGACGACUCUCGGUCGGCAGCGACACGUCCAGUUCCCCUCAAGGAAAAAAGCCGAGGAUGUCUAAAAGGGGCAAGCGGGAGCCCCCCCACUGGCUGUGGGUGCAGAAACACGGCGUAUGGGCCGGCAGGAGAAAAGUGAGGCGCGAGCUCAUCAAAGACAGCGACCUGCGGCCCGAGGGCAGCUGCUUUGAGCUGGAAGCCCAAGUCACAGAUUGCAUCAUCCAGAAAGAAGAGGCGCUCAAGGAACCGCUGGAGUUCAAAGUUCACCCCCACUUGGUGGGUGAGACGGAGAGCACCAAGGCAGUGUUGAGGUUGGAGCCACGAAGCGACCAGACCGGAGUUUUCCAGGACUUUCUUCAUUUCCUGGAACCUUUCCUACCCAAGAUGGUGGAGUCACUAUUGGAGAAAGAAGCAGCUGGCAUCUAAAAUGACUCAUCAUGAUUAUGUUUUUGAAUUUUGAGUCACAAUGGUUUGGAGUGGAACCUGUAGAAUGGGGCAUCCUGACAUUAUAUAUAGGGACAGUGUUUCCCAUAAAAGAUGAACUUCCUCUUUCACUGGCCAAUACAGGAUACACUAUAACUUUUCCCGGACAACUUAAUGGGUCAUCUCUGAACAAUUGAACGGACGCCCAAUUAUGUUCACUGUUUCAAUACUUUUUGGAGAAUUUGCUGUUCUGCAACAAGGUGCUGAGCUGCGAAUUUCCCAACUGGCUUUUGAUCCAUCAGAUUUCCGAGCGUGUCCACCGCUGUGCCUUUCUUUGACUCUUACGGUCACUGUAUGUCUUUUGCAACCUGCUGGUGGCCACUUGGGCCUGAGAACAUUCUGCUUGAAGCUCAAUCGUUAGGUGCCGUCUUAGUCACGUGAUGUCAAAAUACAUCCAUUCAAAAAUUGAACAUUAGUUUUCAAGUCAUCCUCAAUUUCCAACCAAAAGCCCAAAUACCUCAAACUUUUUCAAAGUUGUUUAUUGACUUAGAUAACGUUAAAUUGAAGAGAAUAAUAUACCUGUAAUGGCAUUCAAGAAAUUAUUCAUUUUAUUACCUUCCAUUAUCCUAACUAAAAUUCUUCUGACUCAUCAUGUUUUUGAAAUUUUUGUACGUCCAGACGAUUAAUUUUUAUUCUUCAGAACUUAACGUUCAUUUGGCGUUACAGUGGGGCCUUCAGAUACGAGUUACCCGACUUAUCAGAGUUUGAAAAUUCAAGCUGUGGUAAGAUGUUUUAUUUUUCAUUAUAUUGUUUUGACUUGCAAGCAAACAUUUGAAAUAUGAGCGCUGUAUGGUGGGAGUCAUCUCGAAUGACUUCCCAACAUGCAGCAGUUUGGCGUGAUGACCAAAUCUUGAAAAAAAAAAAAGUUGAAUUUUACUGUCAAACUAAACAUAAAACAAUGAUAAUUACAUCUUAUGUAUUUCAGUAAUCUUUACCUUUAGGUCUGCAAUGAAUAAAUUAUGGACAAACUUAAUUUCUUGCUUUCCAUUUAUGCUGUUACUGUAGUUUGUUUUUGAUCAAAUACAAUAGAUGUACAAUGCUGUUUUUAUUUUUUGUUGUAAAAAGAAACAUACAUUUUGUGAUAAAAGUCUCAUGUCAUACAGCAUGUGAUUGGUAUUUGUUUUAGUAAAUCAGUGGUAGUUUUUCAUAUUAUGGACGGGCGGGCUGUACCAUUGCUGUGGCUGUUUUAGCCAAUGAGCUCGGUUGCGCAUCCAAUGCGGACAAAUGAAAGUAAUUACUCAGUUAGGCAGAUGCUUUUAUUGCAGCAGGUGAGGGAUCCAGUGAGGUGAUUGACGUCAUUCGUCAAGGUUUUUUUGGAAAUGCAGACGUGCAGCGACGUAGUUGGGCUUGUACAAGAUGUUCAUGUAUCUUGGGAUUUGUAUUUCUGAAUCAUAAUCUUAAAAAAAAUAAUAAAUGUUUAAAACUAAUAUAAAUAGCUUAAUUUGAUGAUGUAUUCAAAAAUAUUGGUGAAGUACUGUAGUCCCCCGCUAGUCCUACUGUGAAUAGUAGAAAAAAAGAGAUGGGAAGCACCCACCCAAAAACUUUAAAUAAUUGUUUACAUUAAUAGUUUAAAAAAAAUGAAAAAAAUUUUCUGUGUGUGUUCUGGGUGGAUCUUUUGUCAUUAUUUGGCUGAACAACAAAGUUAGUUCUUAGUACUUAGUUCUUCAUAGUUCAUCUUCAUAAGCUAAAUUACCAAUAUUUUCCCUUUGAUCUUCCCUCAAAAGGAUCCGCUUUCCAUCUGUGACGCUUGCAGCUAUUGUGAUAUUACCCUUCUUUGUGAUUCUUUAAAGGCGCUACUGAUAUACGACCGGUCUUACGGACUCGCACCUUUAAGCCAGAAAGUCAACGUGAUUGAUACCAAACUGUGAGUGUUUGCAAGAGGUGGCUCAAAACACGAAGCAUACUUAAAGCACCAAUGUUGUUCCAUUA